AUGCUGCGGCUGCGGCAGCGGAAGCGAUGGGACCCGUCGUUUAUAGGGGCCCUGAGUCACUCUUGUAGAAGUUUCUACUCAGCAGCACCACGACGACGACCCAUUCCGGCGGCCAGCACUAGCACCUGGCACCAGCAGGACCAGCACCAGCACCUGCGCCCGCGCCCGCACCCUGACGCCGCGCAGCAGCUACCCCUCCAUACCGCCCAUCCCACCAGCACCACCCCCGCCACCGCGCCCGCCGCCUCCUCGACUAUUAGCAGCAGUCUGCGCCUGAAGCCAUUGGCAUUUUGCUGCCACUACUCCACCACGACGACCAGAAUUCCAUCCCGCCGCCCUGCCGCUGUCUCUACGACGACCAGGACGACAACACAAAGGGCCCUACCCAGGACCGCCACGCCCAUUCUUCACGCCCCCUCGAGACCGUUCAGCACCACCACUGCAGCCAUGGAGCCGGCCAAGUGGACUGGUGUUGGCGUCCGCAACACCUUCUUUGACUUCUUCGAGAAGAAGGGCCACACCAUCGUCCCGUCCUCCUCCGUCGUCCCUCACAAUGACCCCACCUUGCUCUUCACCAAUGCCGGCAUGAACCAGUUCAAGCCCAUCUUCCUGGGCACCGUGUCGAGCGCCGACGACCUGUCCAAGCUCAAGCGCGCCGUCGACUCGCAAAAGUGCAUCCGCGCCGGCGGAAAGCACAACGACCUCGACGAUGUCGGCAAGGACAGCUACCACCACACCUUCUUCGAGAUGUUGGGCAACUGGUCCUUCGGCGACUACUUCAAGAAGGAGGCCAUCGAGUGGUCGUGGGAGCUCCUCACAAAGGUCUACGGCCUGGACCCCUCCCGGCUGUACGUCACCUACUUCGAGGGCAACCCCGACAUGAACCUCGAGCCCGACCUCGAGGCCAAGGAGCUGUGGAAGUCGGUCGGUGUGCCCGAGGACCACAUCCUGCCCGGCAACAUGAAGGACAACUUCUGGGAGAUGGGUGACCAGGGCCCCUGCGGUCCCUGCAGUGAGAUUCACUACGACAAGGUAGGCGGCCGCAACGCCGCCCACUUGGUCAACCAGGACGACCCUCUGGUUGUUGAGGUCUGGAACAACGUUUUCAUGCAGUACGACAGGCAAAAAGACAAGUCGCUCAAGUCUCUGCCCGCCAAGCACAUCGAUACCGGAAUGGGUUUCGAGCGCUUGGUGUCUGCUCUCCAAGACAAGACCUCCAACUACGCCACCGACAUUUUCGAGCCCCUAUUCGCCCAGAUUCAAAAGGUCACCGGCGCGCGGGACUACACCGACAAGUAUGGAAAGGACGACGCCGACGGCAUCGACACUGCCUACCGUGUCGUUGCCGACCACAUCAGGUUGCUGACCUUUUCUAUCUCGGAUGGUGCCGUGCCAAACAACGAUGGCAGAGGAUACGUUGUGCGGAGAGUUCUGCGACGAGGCGUGCGGUAUGCUCGCAAAUACUUUGGCGCCGAGAUUGGCUCCUUCUUCUCCUCGAUCCUGCCUGCUCUGGUGGAGCAGAUGGGUGAGCAGUUCCCCGAGAUUGUCAAGAAGCAGCAGGAUGUCAAGGAGAUUCUCGACGAGGAAGAGGAGGCCUUUGCCCGGACACUGGACCGUGGUGAGAAGCAGUUCGAGAAGUAUGCUGCCCAGGCUGCCACCAGCGACAAGAAGAAGCUGUCGGGUGCAGAUGUGUGGAGACUCUACGACACUUUUGGUUUCCCCGAGGACUUGACGAAGCUCAUGGCCGAGGAGCGCGGUCUGGACAUUGACGAGGCCGAGGUUGCUGUCGCCAGGGAAAAGGCCCGCGAGGCCAGCAAGUCCGUCAAGGAUACGAUUCAGACCUUCUCCAAGCUGAACGUGCACCAGAUUGCCGAGCUCAAGGACAAGCUCCAGGUUCCUACCGCUGAUGAUGAGGCCAAGUUCCGAAAGGGAGACAUCAAAGCCAAGGUUCAGCUGAUCUUUACUGGCACAGAGUUUGCCAAGUCCACGAAAGAUAUCCCUGCCAACACUCCGCUGGGACUACUUCUUGACCAAACCAACUUUUAUGCCGAGCAGGGUGGCCAAGUUGCCGACACUGGUCGGAUAAUCAUUGAUGGUGUGGCAGAGUUCAAGGUACUCGACGUGCAGCAAUACGGUGGUUAUAUCGUCCACAACGGAUACCUCGAGUAUGGCGAGCUCAAGGCUGGCGACGAGGUCAUCUCCGAAUACGAUGAGCUCCGCAGACAGCCCAUCCGGAAUAACCACACAGGUACCCAUAUCCUCAACCACUCCUUGAGGGAAGUCUUGGGUGAGGAGGUUAACCAGAAGGGCUCCCUGGUGGACCAGGACAAGCUGCGCUUUGACUUCUCGCACAAGUCCCUGGUGACCGUCCCUGAGAUCAAGAAGAUUGAAGAUUUGUCGAACGCAUACAUCAGGCAAAAUUGCAAGAUCUACUCCAAGGAUGUCGAGCUGGACACCGCCAAGAAGAUCAACGGUGUCCGCGCCGUCUUUGGCGAGACCUACCCCAACCCAGUCCGCGUCGUGUCCGUCGGCAUUGACGUGGACAUGCUCCUCGAGAACCCCGAGAACCCAGAGUGGCGCAAGGUCAGCGUCGAGUUCUGUGGUGGCACGCACGUCGACCAGACAGGCAUCAUCAAGGACUUGGUCAUUGUCGAGGAGAGCGGCAUCGCCAAGGGUACUCGUCGCCUGGUGGCUUACACCGGCGAUGCCGCCCACGCCGUGCAACGAGAGGCCGCUGAGUUUGGCAAGCGGAUCGACGAGAUCGAGGCCCUUCCCUUCGGCCCCGAGAAGGAGGACAAGGUCAAGCAGACCCAGGCCGAACUCAACGGGCUAGUCGUGUCUGCCGUCAGCAAGGAGGAGCUGAGGACACGGUUUGCCAAGGUCAGCAAGAGCGUGGUUGAGGAGCAGAAGAAGCGCCAAAAGGCAGAGAGCAAGACGGCUCUGGACGCUGUCAACAGCCACUUUGCCAAGGACGAGAACAAGGAGGCCACCCACUUCAUCGGGCACCUCCCCAUCUCUGCCAACGCCAAGGCUGUUUCUGAUGUCCUCAAGCACUACCAGACCAAGGACAAGACCAAGUCUGUCUACCUCUUCGGUGGAAGCCCGAAGGAGGGCGCCGUCAUCCACGGCGUCUACGUGGGCACGGAUCUGUCUUCCAAGGGCGUCACCGCAGAGACUUGGUCUGCUGCCGUGUCCCAGGUUGUUGGUGGUAAGUCGGGUGGCAAGGAGCCCACGCGACAGGGCCAGGGUACCAACGCCGACAAGAUUGAUGACGGCGUUGAGGCUGCCAGAAAGUACCUCGAGGAGAAGCUGAAGAUCUGA